GCAUUUAUCCAAAAUUAUUUGGACUCCCUCUGCCUUUUCCCUAUAAGUAAACAUUUGGAAAAUCAGCGGUUGCUUUAAAUUUUCCUUUUUGAUAGAAACAUUAAGUACACGUAUUUAUAUCACAACUUAUUAAUCACUUAUAGCUCAUUCUGAAAGUAUGAGUAGUAAACGUUCAAAUAUGCGAAAUGGAAACCCAUUUGCUGUGGACCCUUUACCAAAGGCAUAUUACCAUCCCUCUCCAGAGAGGCCAUUAAAUAAGACUGAAAAAUCUAUUUCUAUAAAACCAAGUUCUAGCACAGAUGAUGCUGAAAUAAAUAAUGAAGAAGACGAUAAAAUAAGUCCAUUAGAUGAGAUGUUUUUAAGAGGUACUAACAUGUACCAAACAAAACCAAGUAGGCCAAAUGACACAGACGAUGAAGUAAACUUUGAUGAGUCAUGGCCUUGUAGCGAAAGGCCAUCAUCAGUGAGCUUGAAUGGCUAUGAAGAUGACAGUCAGUUUCAGCUUCAUGAAUAUCUGUGUCGUAUAGACAACUUGAUUGGAACGAAGCCUAACUCUGAUCCAAACAUGGAUAAAGCCUCACUGCAGGAGCGGAGAAGAAUGCCUGGAUCAGCAUCUCAGGGUACUGGAGUGACUGCAUCUCGAGAUACUGGGAAACCAUUUAAGAGUAAAAUACCUGUAAAAGAUACAGGUCAAGGUGGAAGACCUAGCGGCAUGCAACCAGAUGUUAAUACAGAAACUGAUGGAUCUGUUUUACAAAGGUAUAUAAAUAGAUUCAGGAACAGCGCCCCUAUGAGUCGAGAGGAGAGAGAAGGAAAAUCUCAACCGUCAUCUCAGGAUUUCUGGUGGUUGUCAAAUGGAGCGCCACCUACUGAGGUGCGGGAGAGAAAACGUGAAAGGAAGGAGGAGGAAAUACCCGGUCCCUCUUCUACCACACCUCUGACAACGGUCAAUCUAGAAAAAUAUAAACAACUACAGAAGCUUGCUGAGAAACAGGGUUUCUCAAACCAUAUACCGGAGUCACCAGGUGAUAAAAGAACGAUAGAUCUCCAAGAGAGAGCAGAAAAACUACUGGAGAGAAGUUCCAGUACUGUGUUAUCCACGGACCCUGCAGUAUCUACUGAAGGACUAGGCAGCAAUACGAGUGACAUGUCUAGUUUGGAGGAAUAUACAUACAGACCCAAAUUUGCCAAUUAUCUAGACAGUAAAACUGAACAACAAAAAUAUGCCAAUCCCCCACUAUUUGGUCAGAGACCCAAAUCUGAUAAUGCAGGGUACCAGCCUUCAAUGCCGGGUCAGAGAGCCCCAUCUGUAGACGAUCCUUUACAUCAAUGGAGGUUAAGGCGACGGAUGGAACUAGCACAACAGUCAACACCACAACACACUCCACAGUUUGACUUUAUCAAUAAAACAGAGCAACAGAAAAAAAUAGAUGAAAAAUUAGAAGAAUUUAAACAGAGAUUGUCUGGCCGGGUUCCGGCUCAUUCACAAUUUACUCCAGCUCCAGCAAUUCAGCACCAGGAACAAUCUUCACAGCCAGGAGAUCGGAGUAGAUUUCAUGAACCUCAAAUUGCCAGUCCCAGCCUACACCCUCCCCGACCCAUAACUGAACCUGUUGAGGAAGUAGAUCCCCAUCUUCACCUUAUGUGUGACCUUUUACCCUGUCCUCAUAGGGGUCAAAUCCAAGGAACCAAGACACAGGGAACGAGCAGUGGGUCUAGAAAUAACUUCAGAGAUAAUUUAGAUUCAAGAGAUAAUGCAUCGUCAAGUAAAAAUGAAGAAAAUGAUAAAAUGAGUGCAUAUAAACAGUAUUUAGAAGCUGAAAAACCUGAUAUUGAAAAGGCCGGACGUGAAACAGACCAUGUCAAUGAGCAUGAAGGGAAUCCUGACUGGCAGCCAGGUCUGAGGAGUAUUCAAGAAAUAGAAAAUAUGGUAAAAGACAUUGGAGCUGAAAAUUCUGAUGGUCAGGCAUCACCAAGACCUGAUAAAGAAAAUGACAAAGGGAGUCAAAAAUCAGAUAGACAAGGAAAAGCAGUAAAAGAUGGUAAAAAAUCUAGUCCAGAUAGUGAGUGUUCGCAAACAAACUCAAAGCAUUUAGUAGAAGAACAUCCCAAGAGGGAUGAGGGACAUGUAGAAGUGAAGGAUAAGAAAGAAAAAGUUUUAAAACCUAAACAUUCAAGUAGUCCUAAAAACAAGAGGAGAGGUGUCAGCGAAACAAUAGGGCAGGUUGUUAAAGAGCAUUUAUUCAGUACAUCCACCAGUACAGUGUUAUCAAGCGUUGAUAGUCUGCCACCAUCAGCUUCUGUUGAUAAGUUGCCAUGGAAACAUAAACCACCAUCACAUGACCAGUCACAUGAUCAGUGUAAUAAUAAUAAGCUUGAGCACGAUGAGGUACCAUAUGAAUCUGAUGAAGAUUUUAGUGAGGAUAAUUUACUGCAGAUGUUACGCAGACAAAGAUCUCAAUAUGAACAACAACUACAGGAGAUUGACAAUAUGCUGAUGAAACUCGAGGACAGCUGAUAUCUUUCUACUGACAACUUGCUCUUGUUGCAUUGUAUGAUAAACUGUGAUAUAAAUUAUAGUGCUUUCAAAUUAUGGACGGCUAUUUAUCAAUACAUUUAUAUUUAUAUAAAAUUAUUUAUGUACAUGUAUUUAAUAUCAUUAUGUAAUAAAAGUUCUUU